AUGGAUUGUUUUAUUUGUUAUCUAUCUAUCUAUCUAUCUAUCUAUCUAUCUAUCUCAAGUUUUAUUGUUGGUAAUAUUUUCUAUCUAUCUAUCUAUCUAUCUAUCUAUCUAUCUAUCUAUCUAUCUAUCUAUCUAUCUAUCUCAAUUUUUAUUGCUGGUAAUAAUUUCUAUCUAUCUAUCUAUCUAUCUAUCUAUCUAUCUAUCUAUCUAUCUAUCUAUCUAUCUCAAACCUUUACUUUUUCUUUAAUAUUUCCUUAUCCAUUCUUAUUUAUCUCUUGUGUCCUCUUCCUAAUUUUUCUUGUCUUCUCCUCUUCCUUCUACUCAUUCUCACACCUCCCACCUUUUUAUCGCCCACAUUGUUUAUCUUUCUACACAUCAUACGCUUCUUACAAACUACUCAUUUUCUCAACACCUCCGAUAUUUUCCUUCGUUGCAUCCUCUCUCUCUCUUCCAGUUUUUCCUUCCCUUUCAGAUCAAGUCGAAUAA